GAUACUAAUUUUUGCAAUAAUUAUAUUUUUAAUUAAUUUUAUUAAACUUUUUCCAUUUCAAAAAUGUCAUCAAGAAGUAAUAGCGAUAGUGAGGAGGAGGAUGCUCAAGAUCUACUCAAUCGUAUUAAAAAGAAUUUGAAUAAUGAUAAUAGCGAUGAAGAUAACAGUGAAAAUGAAGAUGAAGAUAGCUCUAAAGACAAAAACAGUUAAAAAAGCUAAGAAGAAUAAAUAGAUAAUAUUGAUGUAAAUAAUAAUGACAAUAAUAAUCAGCAAAAAGAAGAAAGUAAUCUAAAUAAAGAAAAGCAAAAUUAGUAACAAUUAGAUUAGUAAAAAUUAGAACUUAAAUAAUAAGCUAGCAAUAGUUAAAAUCAGAAUGCUUCAAGCUAGUAAAAUCAAUAAGUAGAUCAUGAAGAUGAUGAUGAAGUAGAAUCAGGGUUAAAUAUUAAAAAUAUAUUAGCUUAAAAUGGAAUAGAAAUUGAUAAUCAAGCAGAUUAACAAAUCGAAGAAUAAAAAUAGUAAAGUGCAGAAGACAACUAAAACAAUUUAGAAACUAAUUAAUUAUAAAAUAAUCAAAACAUAUAAGAAAUCAAUCUUUCAUCACCUAAAAAGAAUUAAAUAAACUAAGAGACUCCAUAAAAUGAUUAGAUCUCACAAUAAAAUUAAUUUUAAGAAUCUUCUAAUUAGACUAAGUAAAAUAUCCUUACAGUUGUCAGGGCAGAUGCUGAAAAGAAAGAAGAAGAAACAGAUCAUAUGAUAUAAGAGUUGCAAAGCAUAAAAAUAAAAAAACCUUUAUUAGAAGAUCCUGAGAUUAUAAAUUUCAAAAUAGACUCUUCUCACUUAGAAUAAACCAUGGAAUAAGUUAAAAAAAAAUAUGAUGAAAAUGUUGCAAAAUACAUGCUAAAAUAAAAAAGCAUUUUUGAUAGGAUUAAAGAAAUCAGUAAACGCUCUUCAAAUAUUUAUGAUAGUGUCAAUUCUUCUAAUAAAAUCUUCAUCAAGAAGAAACUAUCAGAUAAAGAAAAGUAUGUAAAAGAUAUUUAAAAAUUACAGAAUGAAAGUAGCAAGACUAAGACAUUCCUGAUUAUGAUGAUUUAGAGGCUCGAGUCAAUAGAGCUAGAAAUCGAUAAAUUUACAGUAGCUAAACUAAAAUAAUUAAGCAACGAAGAUAACUAAAAUCAAAGUUAAGAUUUAAAUAAUAAUCCUUAGCAAAAUAGCUAAACAAAUUGA